AUGCCCAUCUCCAAAGCUGGUCGUUCACAACGACCAAUAGAGAUUACCGAUGAUAACGAACCGAUCUUCGUCAGAGAUGGGACGUUUCCUGCCAAGGUAUUUGAGAUUUAUGACAAUGAUGUUGCUUUGGUUGAUGAAUCACAUCAUAUCAUGGCUUGGUGCGAAGAUCCCGAUGAAUCUGGAAGCAAAAAUGAAGAAUCUCAGGAUGUCGUUGAGUUUUUGUGGCCGAUCUCGUUUGGUAAUAACCGUGAGCCUCCAAAGCGAAACUUGAAUUCUGGACGUUCGCAAUAUCUCAUUCCAAUGGCCAAUCCCGACUCCGAUUCCAAUAAGGUUGUACCAAGGAAGCUGCCAAGAACUACCAAACAUCAUUAUAAGAUGAAAGGUAUCAAUGCUGUAGGGAAAAACAACAACAUCAUGUCAAACUUCCUGCAAAAAGGAAAAGAUCAGAUGAACAUCGGAGUUGAGGAGGAACUGACGGAGUCAAGCACAACUACCUCUCAAAACCACCCUCCUCCUAGUCGUGCAAUGGAUAAUCGAAGAGAGUACGAUCAGCAAAUCAACUUGCGCGGAGGCACGUUAUCUUGCAAAUCCGUCGAAGCCUGCGUAACUCCACAAGCCUUUCACAAGCAUGCAGUGAAUGUUGUAUUACCAAGGCAUGGAUACAAAGGCAUCAGUCUUGAUACGGCCACUCGUUGGAUGUACAAGCUAGGAUUUUGGGCUCAGUAUCACCAAAAGUCCGUCUACUAUGGUGGUCAUGAGCGAGAAGAUGUAGUUGCAUCCAGAAAGAAAUACUUGGACAAUGUGGCUCAGUUACGUGUUUAUUUGAAAAAGUACGAUGGAGAGAACUGUGAGAUACCGCUCCUAGUUGAUCCCAAAAUCCUUGGUCACAACAAGGAGACAGUCUUCAUUUAUCAUGACGAAUCUACUAUACAUGCAAAAGAAAGGCCAACUCUAUCUUGGCUUCUGCCUGGUACAACUGAGCUCCAAUCGAAAAGUUUGGGCCGACUGAUCCACAUCUCUGAUUUCAUCUUGGAGUCAACCGGACGAUUGGUUCUAUCACCUGAGGAGCAAACACUGAAUCAGCUCAAGUUCUCAGAUGCAGCUAAAGUUAUUUACCCUGGCUCCCAGGGUGAUGCUUGGUGGGAUAUGGACCAGCUUUGUAAACAGGUAUCAGAGAAGGCGAUACCCAUAUUUGAAGCUUCUCACCCCAAAUGUCAGGGUGUCUUUGUUUUUGAUUGCUCUUUGGCUCAUGAAGCAUUUGGACCAUCUGCCCUUCGUGCCCAGAAAAUGAAUCUCGGACCUGGUGGAAAGCAGUCUCAUUUGCGUGAUACAGUCAUACCUAGCAACGAUCCUCACAUCCCUGAAGUUUUACAAGGUCAACCACAGAUGAUGUGCUACCCAAGCAAUCAUUUGGAUCCUUCUUUAGACGGGCAGCCCAAAGGGAUCAAGCAAGUCCUUACCGAGCGUGGACUCUGGCAGUACUACUCUGGCACCCGAAACCAAGCUCGAUUGCCCCCACUUAAUCUCAAGUGCAAGCAAUGUCUAGCAAGCGGUGCUGUGAAGGAAGCCAAAGCUUGA